UCUGAACUCGCAUUGCAAGAUAAACCAGAGGAACAGAGGCUCUUUGGUCAUUCUUUGUUGUAGAAUGGUUAAGCUAACCAUAAUCGGAAGAGUCAGUGAUGGGUUGCCUAUUGCCCAAGGCCCUCGUUACGUGAAUGAAGAGAAUGAUAAUAUGCUGUUCUACAAGCAACAGGGAGAGUUCAUACUCAGAGAAAUUUCUCGAGGAGUCCUCUCACCUUCAAAGAUGUCUAUUCGCAUUGACCACCAUUGCUUCUACUUUUUGGUUGAUAAUGGAUUCUGCUAUAGCACGUUGUGUGAAUCCUCGUACCCAAGAAAAUUAGUUUUUCAGUAUCUGCAGGAUUUACAGAGAGAGUUGGAGAAGGUGGAACCCAGAACUGUAGAGACGAUUACCAGACCUUAUAGCUUCAUUAGAUUCGAUACUGUGAUAGGGAAUAUUAGGAAACAAUAUUUAGACACAAGAACGCAAGCAAAUCUGUCUAAGCUAAAUGCCAAUCGUCGACAAGAACUAGAUAUCAUAACAGAAGACUUGUCCAAGAUCAUUGAAAAUAAACGAAAUUCAGAGAUUUUAGAGAAAGUGUUGUUGAGCUCUGGUAAUGAAUCUUCCAUAUGGUGUUCUCCUUGUCUUGAGGUGGUUGCCUUGAAAUGGACACCUAUUACCAUCAUUCUUCUUGUUGCCAUUGUCCUCUUGUGGAGCUACAUCAUCCUCUCAGAGUAUGUUGUCGUUUAGUUCAUGAUAUCUCCCCAAUCAGAGGAGUUGGGGGGUGGGGGAGA